AUGGCUUCCAACUUGACGACACCAGAGGAGACAACUCCUCCAACCAUUGAACUACACGGGAUUAUCAUCGGAGGAAGCAUAUCCGGACUCUCAGCUGCUAUUGCUCUACGGCGCGCAGGACAUCGAGUGACUGUGUUAGAGAAGGACUCAACGAUAACUGAAAAGCUCAGCAGGGGCUUCCGCAUUGCACCUAAUUUGCAUAAGAUACUGUGUGAAUGGGGUCUCGAAGCCGAACUGAAGGAAAUAUCAUCAAAACCUAAAACGAUGAAUAUGCUUUCCUAUAACAAUGGGACUUACCUUGGAAGCCUGACAUGGGACAAAGAGGUGCUCAAAGAAACAGGCGGGGAGUUCAGGCUAACCACUUAUUCUGCGCUGUGGUCCCUUCUUUACCGCGAGACGAUCUCGCAAGGGGUAUGCGUACGGUUUGGGACAAAAAUCGUGUCUUUGAAAACCCGUUCCAUCUCGCCUUCCGUCUCAUUGGAAAGCGGGGAGACGGUUUAUGCCGAUCUACUGAUCGGGGCAGAUGGUGUCAACGGUCUGACUCGGAAAUACAUCUCUGCUUCCGCCGUUCCUCCAGAUGAUUAUGCUCAUAAUGAUAAAUCUUGUGGAAAAGAUCAACCAGCGUAUGGUGAAGCCAAACCCGGCGCCAGGAUCGAGAGCGCAAAGUUCAAAAUGUUCAGCGCAUCCAUACCCAAAAAAUCAAUCAUCAACGACCCACAACUUGCAUAUCUGAUAAAUCGUAGGGAGAACGAUAUGUUCGUCUGGAUUGGCCAUGAACAUUCAGCUAUUGGGUUUCCUAGCGGCAACAGCAGCAAUUUCUUCCUGAAUGUCUAUGGACUGGAGUCUGGAGUCCAAGCUCGGGAUUUACAACAUGUAUUGUAUGGAGCGGAGUCAAGCCUUCUCAAAUUAUCCCGCAUUGCCUCAGAAACAUUUUCGAGCUUGACAUAUGCCCCCCUUAUUCACGAGAGCGUUCUUGAGACAUGGGUAGAUGGGAGUUUAGUAGUGAUUGGGGAAGCAGCGCAUCCGUUACCCCCUGGUUCGGUGCAAUCGUGUGCUCUAUCUGUCGAAGAUGGCGCCGUUCUAGCCAGAUUAUUCGCCCCUCAAUCCCUUUCCUGGCGUUCAAAAUCUUGCGGACUGGUUUCCUAUAUUCCAACUAUUCUCGCUGCAUUUCAAUCCAUUCGGUACCAACGUUGUGCCUCCGUGCAAACUAGAGAGGUCGGAAUCAUACACUAUAUGACUAUGCCUGGAUCCAGUGAGGCGGAAAGAAACGUCAGAGAUCAAGGGAUGCGAGCGAGAAGGGAUUUGGUGGAACUCGCAGUCGUUCCAGUACCACCUGAAAUUGCAGAUUUUUUCAAAACUGACUUUGACGACGAUGUGGAAGAAGAAGAAGAAGAGGGACUGUGUUACCAAGUGAAAAAUGCAAAUCUCACGGCUAACACUGGUGAUAGAUUGGAAAUCUCCCCGGAGCGGGUAGAGGCCUCUGAGGUGUUUGGGUAUCAAGCAGAAGAGGAGGCAGAAGAGUGGUGGGCUACUUGGGGUAGAUAUCAAAUCCAGACAGAAGUAUCUCCGGCAGUUGCGAUUGGCGGCAACGACAAGACUGUAUGCAACUUCUUCCAAAAGUUAACAACUUCUGACCCGCUUCAUUCUAACUCCUCCAUUGCCCCUCAUUCACCGUAUACAUUGCCUUCCACUUCAAUUUCAGAGGAAAACUGGAACCACACACCUGCAUGUACUAGUGCCGAGUUCCUAACUCACAAAUUAAUUGAUUCUUCAGAAGAUGGUUGUGGAUGCUGUUUCCUGAUAUAG